GUGUGUGGACUGAAUUUCGACCUGAACAGAUUGCUACUUUUUAUAACCGACCAUCUCUAAAAUUUUCUGAAUCACAAAAACCAAAAACUGCUUGGACAAUGUCAAUUUCUAACAAAAAAGACACCGAACCAGCUAUGAACAAAGAAACUGAAAACCAAUCAGGAUUUCCACUUGCUCUGGGAUGGGCCCUGAAAGAGAAUAUGAAAUUUGGUAACAAAGGUGCUGAAAAACGUAUGACAAAAAAAGUAAUACAGUAUUUGCAAGGGUAUUUUUUGGCGGACAACUUGAGAGCUGAAGAUCGUUACUUACCUGAAGCUAUGCACGCAGAUUUAGAAAAUCUGGCAGCAAUUGGGGAACUUACUUUUAAAGAAAUACCGACAGUAAAAACUAUCAAAAGUUAG